UAUUUAUCUAAAUAUCUUCAUCUUUCUCAGUAGAAUGAAUAAUAAAUUAAUAAACAGACAGCCAGCAACAAAAGGAAAGAAAGAAAUCUCUCUGACCAUUAGAGACAAGAAAAAACAUAGUCAAUUGAGUCAUGGAGUAAUAAAUAAUUUAGAAUUACUUCCACCUCAACCUCAACAUCUCCAACAAACAACAAACAGCAGCAGCAACAACAACAACAACAACAACACCUCUACGCUUUUCCCCCAUCACCAACAUACUACUAGAUUGUCUGUUCUCGCUCUCAAUCCUGCAACAUGACGUCCCUUGUCCCCCGCGAACCCUACUCCAAAGAGGAGCUGCACAAGCUCUAUCCAGACGGCUUACAGCUGCAAUUGGUCCAGGUGUUUCUACGCCAUGGUGAACGGACUCCGGUAUCUUCUCGCUUUCAAAAUACCGGCCUAGCUCCAUUUUGGCCGUAUUGCAAUGCCGCACGGAAAAUGACCCAAAUUGCCGCCUCAAAGGAGGAUCUGUCUAGCUGGGAUAGUUUCCAAUGGCGGAGGAGGAUGGAGAGAUUUGGAGAAAACGACCAGGCAUUGAUGGCAGUAGGCCCGGAAGGAGAAGCUGAAGGCAUCUGUCUACCAGGAGAAUUGACCGAUGAAGGCCGCGAGUCCACCUAUGCGCUGGGUCGGCGACUACGGCACCUGUACGUCGACCAGCUGGGCUUCAUGCCCAAAAUCAGGUCGAACACCGAUGACAUGUAUCUCCGCACUACCCCGAUCCCUCGAGCUCUCGAGUCGCUCCAGCAGACCUUUUGGGGAAUGUACCCUCCCGACGCACGAACUGCAAACUUCCCUCUGCCUACCAUCGUGGCCCGCUCCCCCGCAGACGAAACCCUCUAUCCCAAUGAAAGCAAUUGCCACCGCUUCAGACAACUAGCCCGCCUUUUUGCCCAGAAGGCAGCAAACAAAUGGAACGAAACUGAAGACAUGGAAUACCUUAACUCCCUCUGGUCCAAAUGGAUGCCCUCAAACUCUCCCCGAGUGGCAGUUGAUUCCAGCCCUCGCCUGUCCGGUAUCAUGGACACAAUCAAUUCCACUCUAGGACAUGGCCCUGGCACACGUCUCCCGGCAGAAUUCUACGACUCCAAGGCCCGCGAAUUAGGCGAAAAAAUUGUCACAGAUGAGUGGUUUGCUGGAUACAACGAGAGCAACGAAUACCGUAAACUAGGCAUCGGCGCUCUCAUGGGCGACAUUGUCGAUCGCAUGGUUCAUGCAUCGGUUGAUGGCGGCUGGCGACCAACCACAAACGGAACCGGCAACGGCAACGGGAUCGUCAAAUUCGCCCUAAGCGGCUGCCACGAUACCACCAUCGCCGCAAUCCUGACUAGUCUGGGGACAUUUGACGGCGGGAAGUGGCCGCCCUACACCUCCUCGAUAGCAGUAGAGCUCUUCAAAGCCACCGCCCAACCCCACGGCCCCAGACCAGGCGAUAUCCUCGAAGAACUAAACGUCCCUGAUCUAGAAAACUCAGCAUCAAAAGCAAAACAAACCGGCCUGAUGUCCAAGUUUUUCGGUGGCGAGUCAUCGCCAGCACCUAGCUUCCCGCAGCCCUCCAAAAUCGCACGCUCGGCCACAUCAGAUCUCCCCACCUCGCCACUACAAAAAUACUACGUCCGCGUCCGCUACAAUGACCAGCCCAUGCGUAUCCCCGGCUGCGCGGCAAAGCCCAGCAACCAUCUCCCCGGCAACGACACGUUCUGCACGCUCGAGGCGUUCAAGAAGAUCGCAGAUAAAUUCACCCCGCGCAACUGGCACCAGGAAUGCGGGAACAAUUUGGGCGGGGGGAUGUAUGUGGAGGGGAAUGAUCCUGCUGGGUAUUGAGGUGAUUUGAUUUCCAACGGUAUUUAUUAUAAAUGCGUAGGACGAGAUAUAUAAGUAUUGAACUUGGGUAUAUGUAAGUUGAGAAUUGUAUAUACGUAAUAAUAAUUUAUAAGGGUCUGAAAGGGGGUGAGGGAGCCUUUGCACAAAAUUUUGGGAUAUUCAGAAAAAUUUACAAGCGUCUAGGAUGGCUGUUGUUGUUAUUUCCUUUUGUUUUUUUUCGUUUUCUUAAGAAUAACUAACCAUCUAGAUAGAUCCUGGUCAAAUCUUCUAGGACACACUCCACCCAAACUUAUGAACCGAGAGAGUAGAAUGCUUAAUAAAAGCCUUAUAUCCUGAUUGAAAGCCUCCGUACUUUUACAUUCAUACAUGCACACCACCCACAAACCUCUCAUAAGCAUAACUAUAAAAGCAGUAACGACAGCAUAUCGUAAGGUCAUAUCAUAUCGCAUAUCGCAAAAAUCAUCCAGUCGCCUCAGUCGCCUCUGUUUAUGGGGCGUUCAUUCUCCUCCCCUCCUGACCAACACCUCCUACACCUCCUACUCCCCCUCCUCAUCCCCCAACGGCUUCCGGCCCACCACCACAGACACCGGCGUAUACGAAUGUAUACUCUUAUCCUUCACACUCGCGCGGAAAUUCGCCAGGAGCACCUGCACCUCCUCCACAUCCCACUUCAUCACGCGCGUCAGCAGCGCCAACGCCCACCCCUCGCAGCCCUGCAGACACUCAAGCUGGUGAUAGCGCCCGACCUGCUUGAGCGUCGGGUCCUUCGGCCACGGCCCCACCACCAGCUUAAACCGCGUCUCCUCCACCCCUGCAAACCCGGCGUCAACCAUGACGUCGCGCUGGGUCUCGCUGAUCGUCGUCGUCUUGCCCGUGCGCUCGCCGCACUCGCGGAACAGCCGGCCCCACUGGCGGAGGGUGUGUUUCUUGUCGUCUGGGAUGGAGCCGUCGUCGCUCUCGACCCAGACGGAGGCGUUGCUUAUUUCCAGAUAGCCGCCGGGCUUGAGGCAGGUGAGGCACUGUUUCAUGAAGGCGGUCCAGUCGGGGAUGCAGCCGAAGAGGUCGCGGACGUGGAUGUAGUCGAAGGUGUUGGCGGGAAAGGUCCAGGGGUACUCGGUUGCGUCGUCGACUUGGAAUCUCAGGUUGGGGGGCACCCAGCCCGGCUGCGUGGGGGAGAGGUCUGUGCCGAUUACCAUGGCUUCCGGGUGUUGGUCGGCGAAGUCGAUGGCCCAGAUUCCUGCGGAGAUAUAUGGUUAAUAAAUAAGUCGGGGGACAUAUUUCAGGGUGGGUUUUUUUAGUUUGGAAGAACAAAAAAAUCACCAUACCCGUUCCUGUUCCGACGUCAAGUACUUUCUGUAGUUUUUACGGUGGUUUAGCUGCGAAUCUUGGAUGGAACGGCAUAGUAGGGAGAACGGGUGGGUGGCAGCUACCUGGGGCUUGCUGAUAGGCGCCAGAUACAGUUUCUGCUCCUUGAGCAACAUAUAUCCAUGAUGUGCAAGAUCUAGGGCCUCCUGAGCGGUCUCGUCAUUUGGUCCCCAAUACGCCCCGGCUUUAUAUGCGUGAUAUCGACGCCCAUGCUCCCUUUUUGUCGGUAUUAGCAUUGCCCUUUUUCUCCCCCGCUAUUCUUUUGAGAGCUGGAGGGAGCAUAUAGUCAAGAGCGGGUGAAGCUUACACGCGAUAUUGAUAGAUCGAGGAGGCUAUUGAGCUGGUCUCCGAACUAUAGAAUGGUAAUUGGGUUAGUAAAUAGUGAACAUCCAAGGCUUUCCUCAAUAAUUGAUUUUACUUAACAUGCAACUAGCUGUGCAAUGCAACAAGUAUCAUGGAAUAGGGGGGGAAGGAGAUAAUUGUUUUAAGGGAAAAACCUGGAUAAAUAAAAUAAAUAAAAAAACCUACACCUCAUCCUCGAAGCUUUCGGCAUCUUCCUCACUGUCAUCGACAAC